UGUCAACAUUAAAUGUUGCAAGUUUACUGGGUGAGCGCGCUUUUGUUUUCGCGUGAAGAACUUUUUACGUGCGUUCGAAGGUGCAACCCUUAAAAACCGUUCCGAAUACGUGAAUGUAUGUGGCAGCGGGAUGAAAACGGAAAAAUAAGAAUCUCGUUCUGACAACAUUAGAACGCUGACAGAUUUCAAGAUUUCAAGAUGCGAAUUGAACGCGGCCCAGUCGAAUUUGGUGUUUAGCAAGUGCUCCUCGACAAUGAAUAAUGAGACCGAAGUGACCGAAGACUCGCUGUAUUGUUGCAAUACAACUCUAUCGAAUGAGUACUUCAACUUGACUACGACUCCCCCAAACGGUACAGAGACGGACUUUGUACCCUACUACGAACGUCCAGAAACGUACUUCGUCCCCGUCCUGUUUUUCCUCAUUUUCGUGCUGGGAGUGAUCGGUAAUGGAACCCUGGUGGUGAUAUUCAUGCGCCAUCGGACAAUGCGAAAUGUCCCCAACACGUACAUAUUAUCCCUGGCCUUGGCCGACCUACUAGUGAUAAUUACGAGCGUCCCAUUUACAUCCGUCGUUUACACCGUCGAAUCGUGGCCUUGGGGUGAGCUAAUCUGCAAGCUUUCGGAAACGGCGAAAGACAUAUCGAUCGGCGUUUCCGUUUUUACUCUAACGGCCCUGUCCGCCGACCGAUUCUUUGCGAUAGUUGACCCUUUAAAGAAGCUACACGCCACCGGUGGGAGCCGUAAAGCAACCCGGUUAACUUUGGGAAUUGCAAUAUCAAUAUGGAUCCUUGCACUAUUGUGCGCGGUACCUGCGGCGAUAGGUUCGCAUUUGAAGAAAAUAAGCAGCCCGGACGAGACGAUCAGCUUCACCGUGUGCUACCCGUUCCCGCAGGACUGGCUGAAUCACCAGUAUCCCAAAAUAAACGUACUGAUGAGGUUUCUAAUCCUCUACAUUCUACCCUUAACAAUAAUCGCGAUAUUUUACCUAAAGAUGGCCAACUAUUUAAUUAUAAGCACUAAGAACGUUCCGGGCGAGGUGCAGGGAACGCAAAAGCAGAUUCGCGCCAGGAAGAAGGUGGCGAUUACGGUAUUAAUUUUCGUAUUAGUUUUCGCGAUAUGUUUUCUACCCUCGCACGUCUUUAUGUUGUUUUUCUACUUCUACCCGGACUCGGAGGAGUAUUACAACGCCUUCUGGCAUUAUACGAGGAUUAUUGGAUUUUGCCUGUCGUACUUAAACUCGUGCGCGAAUCCCAUUGCACUUUAUUGGGUUAGUGGGACGUUUAGGAAGCACUUCAAUAGGUUAGUUAAGUUGAUGAGUUGUAUUCAGUUUGUAAGAUUAGUCUUAUUUAGGUACCUCUUGUGCACAAAGCCAAAACGGACGAGAUGUAAUACCUGUCAAGGACAACACGCGACUUCCUUAACAAUGAUGUCAACCCGUAGAGUACCCUCCACCCUCAAAAAUAGAAAUAUGUCAACUAAUAGACGCGCGAACCUAUUGGGACAAGAAACGUCGAUCACCCUCCUUGGGAACGGCACCGAUCACGUCUGCAGCAAAAUGUAAAUGUUACGUGUGCAAUUCAUGUUACAAUUCAAUGUUGAUGUGCACCUUUUAAUUGAAACUCGUCGCAUUACCUGUACCUGUAUAAAGAGUAUUAAUUAUAAGUAUUUAAAGUUGGGUAAAAACUACCCUCUUAGAGCAACACUGCGCUUAACAGUAGACUAGUGGAUGUCUUUAUUACAAGUUUAAUGAAACUUAUUUUUUUACAAUUCAUUGUCUCUUGUAAAUAAUGUUCAUGUCUCCCAAAUUCAAAUUAAUAAAUACAUAAUUUUGA